AUGUUUGUCCGUGCGCCACGGGUCGAUGUCGCCCGCAUGCUCCGGUGCCGCUGCUCCAUCCGGCGCCGCUGUAGUCAGCCCGAGCAAAACGCCACUCGACCUGCUCCGUUCGUACACGCUCUCGUUGCUGUCCUUCCCAGUCGGUUCCGCACUUUCUCCCUCAUUGCACUGAAGGUCCUUGGUCUGAAAAAAAUAAAAUUUCUCGCGCCGAAUGGUCAACCAGCCCAGUUCAGCUCGUCGCUACCUGCUCCCUCCUCCUUUGAUGGCGAAGCCAGGUUACUGAGGCAAUACAGCUCCCUCUAGCAAACCUAGGGCCGUGUAGUGUCCGUCCACCUUUCUGAUGGUGUCUGCCUCCGCGCACAAAAAUGAGACGGGCAUCACUGCCUACGCCGACGGCCAGAAAGGCCCGCGCAUGUACAUUUUCCCGCCUGACCCCAUCAGUGCC